AAAACAAUAGGGAACAAAGCAAUCUCAUUUCUUUUUCCACCUGGAUACUUACACUGUUCUUUCCAUUUUCAUGCUGUAAAACCCUUCCAUCUUCAAUGUCCAUGUCCUUAAAAGAACUCGAUUACAUUUCCUCAUCAGAAGCAGAAAUGGAGAAAAUAACCCACAAGCAAGAUUUGAAUUUGAAAGCCACUGAGUUAAGACUCGGUCUGCCUGGUUCCGAGUCGCCUGAGAGAAACACCAUCAAUGGAGGUGGUACAGCUGCCCUGAAGAUUCUGGUGUCAGGAGCCAAAAGAGUUUUCUCAGACACCAUUAAAACUUCUUCUGGAACAUGGGGUUUCUCUGAUAAUGGUGGAUCUGAGGUUGAUUUUGUUAAAAAUAGUGCCUUUUAUUCAUCUUCUUCGUCUUCUCCAAGAGGUGAAAAUAAGAACCCUAGUUCUGUAAAGGACGCUGUUGUUUCAUCUUCAUCUAAGAAUUAUUUACACGACAAACACUCUCAAAUUCCUGCAUCAAAUGGUCAAGAUUCCGUUGCUGCUUCAAAGGGACAGGUGGUGGGAUGGCCUCCAAUUCGAUCUUUUAGAAAGAAUAGUAUGGUUGUAAAAAACACGAAAAAUGAAGAAGACACAGGAUCGCAAUGUGUUUAUGUGAAAAAAAAAUGUUUUGUAGCUUCACUCUUGGGUUGCGUGAAAGCCCAAUGGAUCUUCUUAAUGGGCCUGAGUAUGUACUAACGUAUGAAGACAAAGAUGGUGAUUUUGAUGCUUGUUGGUGAUGUUCCCUGGGAUAUGUUUACUGGUUCUUGCAAGAGGAUGCGGAUCAUGAAGAGUUCAGAUGCAACCGGUUUAGCCCCUCGAGCCAUGGAGAAGGGUAAAGUUCGUAAUUAGUUGUGUAUGUGGUAUCAUGCAGGAGUAGUAAAACAGAUUAACCGAUGGUUUGUAUAGUUAUAUUUUCUUGUGAAGUGAUCAUGUUCAUUUUGUGGGUCUCAUCUUUAGGCUUACGUACUGCAUACAUAUAUAUAAUAUAAUUUAAAGAUGAAUUUAUAUGCAAGAUGUGUACAUUGGUUUGACGAUAUAUAUAUGGUUGUCCACU